AUGAAUAAGACUAUAUAUGAUCAUCAGAAUGAUGACGGAUUAAAAGACGAACGUCUCACACACUUUAAAACACGUUAUCGGAGCAUCUCUCACGGCAUUCCAAAUGCGCAUUUUUCGUUAGCGGAUCGGCUAGCGGAGGUCAUCGUACAUCAAAACAUUUCAACUAGGGAUCUCUGCAGCGAAACAUCUAGGGAACGCGGACAUGCGGACCUGCGAUUUUCGCCUCCUCUGGUAUUGGAAGGUGUGAAAACUAACAACAAAGGUUACUGUAAUCCAACGAAUGAGAUUUUGGUUGACCGAGGAGAGCAAGUGAGGAACAUUGAACGAGGAAUUCCGCAUCGAGGUACUGUGAUGUUUCACAGACCUUCGAACUCGAUAGGUGGGUUUGGCUUUAUGCUUGAAGGGUCGAGUAAAAGGAAAGAUCGCGACGCCAAGCCUUGUUGGAUGAAACUAAAACAAAUAUAUUAG